AUGGCGGAUUUCGGAAGCUACAUAAUUCUCUUCUUCAUAUGGUUAGUUUCCACCUUAACAAUUCGUUUACUCUUUGCCAAAAACAAACUUAACUCUCAUCUUCCUCCGAGCCCUUUUGCUCUCCCCAUCAUUGGCCAUCUCCAUCUCCUCGGUCCGUUGCCCCACAAAGCUUUCCACAAGCUGUCGACCCGUUACGGACCUCUAAUGCACCUCCGUUUAGGAUCAGUCCCUUGCGUGGUAGUUUCCUCACCCGAAACCGCAAAACAAGUCCUCAAAACUCAUGAAUCUUCCUUCUCAAAUAGACCCCAUUUGUCAGCAGUUGACUAUCUAACCUAUGGCUCAGCUGAUUUCUCGUUUGCACCUUAUGGACCUUUUUGGAAGUUCAUGAAGAAGCUUUGUAUGUCGGAGCUCCUAGGAGGAAGGACGCUCGACAGCCUCCGACCCACGAGAGAGGACGAGAUUCGUCGGUUUAUACAGUUGUUGCAAUCAAAGGCAGCGGAUGGAAAAGAAGUUGAUGUUGGUGGAGAGUUGAUGAGGCUGAGCAACAAUGUGAUAUCAAGAAUGACAUUGGGGAAAAGAUGUGCUGAAGAAGAGGAAGAAGCUGAGGGAAUAAGGAAAUUGGUGAAGGAUAUAGCUGUACUUUCAGGGACUUUCAAUGUUUCAGAUUAUAUUUGGUUUUGUAAGAAUUUGGAUUUGCAAAGGCUUGGGAAAAGGCUUAAGGAAGUUCGUGAGAGGUUUGAUGAGUUGAUGGAGAGAAUGAUAAAGGACCAUGAAGAGAAUUGUAGUGAUGGGAAAGUGAAGGAUUUGCUUGAUAUUUUGCUUCUUAAGUUUGGAGAUGAAAAUACAGAGGUCAAGUUGACCAGAGAGAACAUCAAGGCCUUUGUUCUGGACAUAUUUGCAGCAGGAACCGAUACAUCAGCCAUAACAAUAGAAUGGGCAUUAGCAGAGCUAAUAAACCAUCCAAACAUAAUGAAGAAAGCCAGAGAAGAAAUUCAUAAAGUUGUAGGAAACAACAAAGUGGUUGAAGAAUCAGACAUUCCCAAUCUUCCUUAUCUCCAAGCAAUAGUAAAAGAGACGUUAAGGCUUCAUUCAAGCCCAUUGAUAGUGAGGGAAUCAACUGAGAGUUGCACAAUAAACGGUUAUGAAAUUGCACCAAAAACUCAAGUUUAUGUGAAUGUUUGGGCCAUUGGGAGAGAUCCAAAACAUUGGGAAAAUCCUCUUGAGUUUGAGCCAGAAAGGUUUAUGGACAAAGAAGGGAGCGUGAUCAGCGGUGAUUUGAGAGGGCAAAAUUUUCAGUUGUUGCCAUUUGGGAGUGGGAGAAGAAGCUGUCCUGGGACAACUCUUGCUUUGUUGAUGGUUCAAACAACUUUAGGUUGUAUGGUUCAAUGCUUUGAUUGGAAGGUUAAUAGUGGGAAAGUUGAUAUGGAAGAAGGGCCUGGCCUUACUCUUCCUAGGGCACACCCUUUGGUUUGUAUUCCCAAGCCUUGUUUAACUCCGUUUCCACCGCUUUGAUUACAGUCAUAUUAUCUUUAUAUAACAUUAUAGAUUACAAUGUAGAGAUGUCUAGCUUACCUGUUGAAGUAUAUCCUAUGAGUUGUUGAUGUGUUUGUGGUUUUAGCUCAACGAAAAUAUUCUUGAUAUAAACCAACCAAACAUCAAAUUAUUAAUGAGAUUUUAUUUAAAAAUUGUGAUGUAAUUUUAAUGUUCUUCAGUUUUAUCACUUUUAAUAACAUUUAAGUUGAGUUAA